AUGGUCCGUCCCGAAGCGGGACCCCGGCCCGGAGCCGCCCGGGCCCCCGGGCCGCUCACUGGCGCCGCGGUCGCCGCCGCCCGCGCCUCCCGGACCUCGCGGCCGCCAUCUUGCUCCGAGGCCCCCGCAGAGACGCGGGCCCUCGAGGGAGAGCGGCGCGGCGCGGACGCGCGGGCUGGGACCGGCGGCCGCGGGAGGACGUGCAGAGGACGCGGGCGGCCCGGCCUGCAGCCUCCCGGAGCGUCGCCGGCGCCGCCGCCCGGCCCUCCGAGGCGGCGGCACAGCCAUCUUGAGCCCGAGGCCCCGACGGCGCCCGAGCUGUCCACGGCGCGCCUGAUCGGGGCAAAAAGAAAAAUCUCUCAGGACCCAGCGGUCAGUCCCUGGCUUUUAAUUGGCGUUUUAGUAGCGCGUUGCCCUGAAGUGCCCCCUGCUGGACGAGGCGAGUCCUGCGGGCGCGUCUUCCCGGGACCCCGGAACCCGCCCGAGUCACCCCUAAACGCACCUGCUCGUGGGCAGCGCGAUGCCCAGCCCCACGGGGCCCCUCGGGGCGCCUGCCGGCCGCCGGGGCCCGCCCGGGGCGCCACGCUGGAGCCCGCCAACGGGGGCCCGGGCGGGACGGGGGAGGCUCACGGCCUGGGGGCGGGGCAGGCCCGCGUCUCCGCGACCCGUAGGGAGACUGGGGCGCGGCCGGGCCGCGACGUAGCGCCGGCCACGCUGGGUCUCCGGGCCGUGAGUCCGCGCUGCGGGCUCCGGGGUUCCUUAAAACACAGCGUCGACGGGCCGAGCCUUGCGUGUCGGCGGGACUCCGCGCUGGGGCGGCCGCUCUGGAAGGCGGCGUGGCGGGUCCCCGCAAGUGCCGGGUGCGGCCGCCGCACGAGCCAGCGGCCCCCCUGCGUGCGCGGCCGAGGGGGAGGAAAGCGGGCGCCUGAGGAGAGACCCGCACGCCCCUGCCCGCAGCCGCAGGACUCCCCGGAGCGGCCGCCGGGACAGCCCACGUGUGCCGCCAGAAGAGUGGACACCAUGCGGCACGUCCACGCAACGGAGUGUCACUGCCCAGACGGAGGAGGGACCCUGACCCCUGCCACACGCGGGGGGACCCCGAGGACACGGAUUUUAUUUAUUUAUUCGACAGAGACUUACUGAGAGAGGGAGCACGUGCGGAGGGAGUGCGGAGGGAGAACCCGGCUUCCCACCGAGCAGGGAGUCCCAGGCGGGGCUCGACCCCAGCACCCGGGCCAGCGGCCAGGACCUGAGCCGA